AUGCAGUCAGAGUCCGAGGAAUAUAGACCAUCCAUUGAGAAACAAAGGGAGGAAUGGUCUUCCAUUAGAAAACAUAUAACCGAUGUGAUGGAAAAUCUACAUAAUAGAGAUGCUUUAGAGACAUAUAGACGUAUUUUUGAUGUCAAUAUUGUAACUGGUAAAGAUAUUUUGAUUAACACAAUAUUAACAGGUAAAUAUGACCCAAGACGACUUGCAUUAUUAGCAAGUAGCAUUAAUAUUGAUUAUACAGAAUUUGGUCAAUCUCUUAUAGAUGAAUGUGUUAGAAGAUUCAUAUUUUAUUUUAAAAAUGUCAAAUACUAUGAAUGUUUUAGAAUGAUGGCCUUAUUAUCCCAACUAUACAACUACGACGCUGUUCAUAUGGUGGUGAUUCUUUACGCUUUACAAUCGAUGUCCGAAGAGAUAGAGAACACAAAGGACAAAGGUAGGCAAGAGGCAAGUAUGUCACUCAUAUGUAGGACUUUAAUGAAUUGUGGAAAGAAAUUGUUAGAUUCUAGUGAAAAGAUUCACAAUCAAUUGGUAGACCAAUUAAGACAAUUGUUACAAGAUAAUCGAUAUUUGUCCUCGAGAACAAUAUAUGAUAUUGAACAAGUUCUUGAAGUUAGACAGAAACAAUAUACAGACGUACCAGAACAAGAACUGUUAGAGAAACCUUUUGGUAUCGAAGAUGAUUGGUCAGCACAUGCAGUUCUGGUAUUUAUUGAUCCUGAUUUCCUGAGUAAACCACCUAAUUUUAAAUUGGGUGAGUUUAGUGCUACCAAAAGACACGAUCAAGAUGUAGAGACAUUUAAUAAGAUACACGAAACCGUGGAAAGAAGGAUAAUGAAAGUUGAAGAAUUAAGAAACGAGGAAACUGAGACCGUUGUUGUACAUAAUAUGACAGAUUCAGAGGCUACGGACUUCAAAAAGAAAAUAUAUCUUACUUUGAAGAGUUCAUUAUCUGGAGAUGAAGCUGCUCAUAAAUUACUAAAAAUGAGAAUCCCAGACUCAGACAAACAUUGUGUUGCUGAUAUAUUAGAACGAUCAAUGAUCCAAGAGGCUACAUAUUCGAAGUUUUACGGUCUUGUAACAGAAAAGUUAUUAGGAGCACAUCGAAUUUGGAAAAAUGCAUUUCUUAUUACAUUCCGUAACAGACUAGAUACAUUGGAUGAUUUAGAACCAAAUGGAUUGAGAAAUAGUGGCAAAUUUUGGGGUCAUCUAUUGAGUACAGAUUUAUUAGGCUUUGAAGUGUUUAAUGAUAUCAAGAUGACUGAAGCUGGUAGUACAGCUCAAUUAAGAAUCUUUGUGAAAUUUCUCUUUCAAGAAAUUGUAUUUGAAAUUGGUAUUAAUGAAUUAAGCGCUCGAUUAAAUGAAGGUUACAUUCAACCGUAUCUAAAGGGGAUGUUCCCAAAGGAGGAUCCUGAUGAUAUGAGAUAUGCAAUUAAUUAUUUCACUGCAAUCAAUCUUGGUGUGUUGACAGAAAGCAUGAGACGCGAAUUGCAAAUAUUGGAAGAACAGGCUGAAGAGGAGGAAGAGGAGGAUGAGGAAGAGGUUGAAGAAGAAGAGGAAGAAGAAGAAGAAGACAUACCUAAAGAGGAAAUAUCACGCAAGUCGAGGUAUGAACCUCAUCAAUCUAACCAGGAACGCAGCCAACAGAAUCACGAAGUGUCCAAGAGGCGCAGAUCGGUAACUCCGCCACGUCGCCAAGCAAAUAAUAAGAGACGUAGAUCAGUGACACCACCAAGAAGAAGAAAUAGAGGCUGA